AUGAGAGGGAGAGAUAGCCUGAACAAAAGAUAUCGGUCAAAGAAUGCUAGUGGAUACCGAAGAGAUGUGAAACCAUAUGAUCGCUAUGGCAACAAGACAUGGCGCAAGAAAGCGAAAGACAUGAGUCAUGUUUUCAACGACAUUGAUAAAAGGAGUGGGUCUCAUGUUCUCGGUGCAAAUGAGGCUGUGAUUGCACUUGCAGUUGUUCCUUAUGAACAAACAAAGCAAACAGGCGAGACAGUGUCGGAGAGUGAUCAUGGUCACCAGAGAAAUAUUGGGGAUGGAGACUUAGGCACGGAGGAGCGAAAGAAAUUGGCUAGCACAAUUGUAUCUCCUGCUUUGAGACGCCCACUGAUGGAUGAAAAUGUCACCAUCCGAAGCAGGAAGGAUCGAAUGGUGGAUCGGCACGAACCGGUAAUCGAUGCCUUAAGCAAUAUGGAAGUUCAGGAAGAUGACUUAUUUGAUGACGAGCUUCAGGAGUUGGAAGAUGCUGCCCUUUCCUCAUCUUCUGUGGGUACUAGGCGCAAACAUGAUUCAACCGUAUCAAGGAGAGGAAGUAGAUCCAAGAAUAAUACCACGUUGGGUAUUCAAACGAAAAAAUCGGAGUUCCUUCGUAGAGGUUCUCCUAAACUGAGAUCAACAAUUGUGCCUUCUAUGGCACAAACAAGGGAAAAAGAGAAGGCAAGGCACAUACACAUAAGAUCAA